AUGUCGGAACUUCCAGGGGAUCUGGUAGAAGAGAUUCUCUGUCGCGUUCCAGCUACAUCGUUAAAACGGUUACGAUCUACCUGCAAACGAUGGGACCGUUUGUUCAACGACAUAAAAUUCACAAGAAAGCACUUCGAUAUAGCGCCGAAGCAGUUUAUGUUUAUCUUGUUCAACAACAAUAGGUUUUUUUCCCUGAGCAUCAAACUCCAAAAACUGUCACCACCUAGAAAGGUAACAGAUGAUUUGAGUCUAACCGACCUCCAUUCUACUUUAGAUAAAAUGCAAAUUCGUCGAGUAUUUCACUGCGAUGGCUUAUUGUUAUGUGUCACAUAUGAGUUCAAUGCUAGGCUUGUGGUAUGGAACCCGUGUUAUGGUCAAACCAGGUGGAUCAAUGGUUACGAUAUAUACACCACAUAUGCUCUCGGAUCCUACCAAGACAAAAAAUCAUCCAAGGAUACUAGCUACAAAAUAUUGAGCCACAGGGUUUAUGGCGACAACCAAGAAUUCAAAGUUCAUGAGAUUGACUCUGAUUCUUCGUGGAGGACUCUUGAUCUCGUUUUGGACUUCGAAUUACCGUAUCUUCAUAAAGGCGUGUCUUUGAAGGGAAAGACUUACUGGAUUGCUAGAGAUGAAAAAGAGUUGGGCUCAUUCUUAAUCAGUUUUGAUUACACAACAGAAAUAUUUGAACGUCUAUGUCUUCCGCGUCAGCUUCCUAGUUAUCGGAAUCUGUCUUUGUCCAUUAUUAGAGAAGAAAAAAUCGCCGUGUUAUUACAACAUUUUGGUGCAGAUAACUAG